AUAGGGAAUCGCCUGCCUGACUGAGGGCUGGAUCACGAACUCCCUCGGAACAACAGGGCCCAAAUUGGUCCCUCAAGCCAGUCCCACAUCUCCCCCGCGCCGCCGACCGCCGUCCGCCGUCGCCGCGCGCCGGGUGCCCAAGAUGGACGGGGAGGAGGAGAACCCGGGGCCCUUCCGCCGCACGAGCUCGCGGACGCGGCGUAUGGCCUCCCGCAUGGCCUCCGCCCUCUCCAGCUCCGACAACCGCGCUCAGGCUGCUUUGGCUCGUCUUGAUGCGCUUGAGAGUGAUAAUGCUGGGGUUGAGGUGGUGGAUCUCAACGAUGAUGAGUAUGGAUCUACAGAUGAGGAGGACCAUGUUUUGAUGCAAAAGAAGCAGUCAAAGAACAUGAAACGCAAGACAAGGCGAGGAAAAGCUUUGGAGAAAAGGGCGGUAAGAUCUUUCAUGGAUGUUUUACAAGAGGCAAAUCUGGAGGCCUUGCCACCUCAUGUCCCAACAUAUCUGAGGGCUGCUGUGGGUCCACCGAGCACUUCAUCCCGUCGCCAUUACUGCUCUGUUUGUGGGAAUUCUUCAAAUUACACAUGCCCCAGGUGUGGAACACGGUUCUGUUCUUGCCGCUGCCAAGUCAUACACAAUGACACUCGCUGCCUGAAAUUUGUGGCUUGACCCAUCUGCAAGUCUGUGGAGCCUGGAGUUAUGUUGAAUGCAGUCGUGCCCUGUGGGCAUGUGGCACCUAAUGAUCUGUGCUUUUAUCAGAAAGAAAUGCUUAUUGUACAGCUAGCCAAGUACUAGUAGCCAGGUAGAUCUUUUUGCUGACCGACACCAUUUCUCCUUUAGAAAUGUUGUGUGGCUGGUGGUAAAUGAUAGCUGUACUUUAUUUAGCACUACUAAGAUUGAUUUCAGUGUACCACUGGAUCUCAUGAUGCAGGAAAUUCUAACUGCAAGUGUCCCUCUAGUGUUAUC